CAGUCCCACUCAAAAGUGUGAAAUCCACGCGAGGAGGAACAACGAAGAGAGCUUCAUCUCCGUUAAGUGUGUCAAAGUGUAACGAUUACACUUGGACUCCUCUACGAACAAGCUUUUUUUUGCUUCAACUUGACAACCUGUUGCUUCAUUUUGACAACAAUUCGUCACGGGACCGUUUGCCCACCUGAAUGGCGAACAUGACUUGAACGCAACGCCCGGAAACAAAAGUGUCUUUUCGGAUAUGAGCUGCCGGGUGUGGAUGGUGAUAAUGAAGCGUGGAAGUGGCGUCCUCUCGACGCCUUGGACAAGCCGCCGCUCGGGUGUCUCGUUCGGCUGCAGUCGACUGAUGGGGAGGCGCGCACACCCGUGACGGCCGGGAUUUGAGACACUUUUUUGGGAAGGGGAUGAGUGGGAGACUCUAACGACCGAGAAAGAGUGAGAGUUUCUUGUCGCUGCCCAGAGGCGCCAUGGCCUCGGAGGUGGUGUGCGGGCUGGUCUUCAGGCUCCUGUUGCCCGCCUGCCUCGCCGCCGCUUGUCUUUUCAGGUACAACGUGCUGUCCUUCAUCUACCUCAUUUUCCUCCUGCUUAUUCCUCUCUUCCCUGAGCCCACAUGCACCACCAUGCAGGGCUACACAGGGCGUCUGCUGCAGUCACUGUGCUUCACUAGUGUGUCCUUCCUGCUGCUGCACAUCAUUUAUCAGAUUACGGUCAACAGCCUCCUGGCCGGCAACUCCAUCAACUCUGACAUCAACAGUUCUGCGUGGGAAAAAUCCAUCCGGCAAAUUGGAUUUGAGAGCGUGAUUGGUGCCGACGCGGGAAACGGCAUCAGAGUCUUCGUACCGGAUAUUGGCAUGUGCAUGGUGGGCGGGGCCAUCUGGUUUCUGUGUCGCAAGCUGGUCCAGAAGAGGCCACCCGAGAACAUGGCUCAGGACAACGCCCACUUCCAAGCGGAGGAACAAGAAGCAGAUGAGAAACUGAGCCUGGAAGACCACAUCUUGCUGGAGGAGGACUCGGACGGAGGCUACGAGGCCGAGGAAGACGAAGAGGUGGAGGCGUGCGAGGGGGACGAAGAAGCCAAGGAGAGCGCCAAGAUGAAGGUCCUACGGCUGGUGGCGCUGGUGGCGUCCAAAGUGAAGGAGAUUAUCGGAAACCUGAUCACCACGGCGGGGAAGGUGGUGGUGACCAUCUUGUUAGGGACGACAGGGAUGAUGCUUCCUUCCCUCACCUCGGCCGUCUACUUCUUCAUCUUCCUAUUCCUGUGCACCUGGUGGUCCCUGCGCCGCACCUUCGACACGUUGCUGUUCAGCUGCAUGUGUGUGCUGAUGGCCAUCUUCAGUGCCGGCCACCUGGUGGUCCUCUACCUCUACCAGUUCCAGUUUUUCCAGGAGUCAGUCACGCCGGAAGACGGGUACAUCAGGUACUUUGGCAUGUCACCCAUCAUUCAGAGCGACUGCGGCCGCACGUGGAAGCUGAUGGUACACCCCAAGCGCAGGUGGCACCAUUUUGUCAACCCUGUCAUGCUGCUGCUUCUCUACUACACACUAGCCACACUCAUACGCCUCUGGCUGCAGGAGCCUGUCGACCAGCUGACCGAUGACGAGGAGGAAGACGCGUGCGAGGAAGAUGAGCUGGUCGGAAACAGGACAAAUAACUCAGCCAACAGGAAGAGGCAGAUGUGGUGGGAAUCCAGGCAAGGCACAGAUGAGAAAAAUUUGCUUUGCACUCAGGAUGCCAUCAGUACAACCGAGGUUGUGCUAGCCUCCAACGGAACAUCCUUUGACUUCACGUUGAGUGACAACGGUCCACGCUAUCUGGACCUGUACUCCACCCCUCAGUACAAAGGAGAGCGGUCCAUCGGUCAUUGUACAGAGAAGGAAGACAUGUGCGCGUAUGAGGUGAAUCUUCCUCCCGUGGACGGGGAACCACCGUCAGGAGAGGACAAGUCUGAGGGAAGCGAGGAUUCCCUGAGGAAGAGGGGCGUGGGUGCCGUGGUCAAAGUCUUCCACUUCAUCAUGAAACAGAGCUACAUCUGCGCACUUAUCGCCAUGAUGGCGUGGAGCAUCACAUACAUCUCGUGGCUCACCUUCGUCUUCCUCAUCUGGUCGUGCAUGCUGUGGAUGGUCCGAGACCGUCGGCGCUACGCCAUGUUGUCGUCGCCCUUCAUGGUGGCCUACGGCAACCUCUUGAUUGUCCUGCAGUACUUCUUCAGCUUUGAAGACAUCACGCACGUGCCGGGACUCUCCGUGCCCAAGAAUAACCACUUUCACUCCAUUUCCUCCAAGGUGUUGUGUCUGCUGAGCUUCUGGCUGCUGCUGAGACAGACGCUCACUGAGAGGGCAGAGAAGCAAAAGGAGGAUGAGGCGGGUCUCUUGGGCGUACAGGUGGAGGACCAAAAGAUGAAAGAGGAAGAGGAGCGUGAGCCCGAGGACGAGAAGGACGUCAUGCACGUGCUGGGCAACAUGGUGAUGGCCCUGCUGGUCAAGUACUGGAUUUAUAUCUGCGGCGGCAUGUUCUUCUUUGUCAGCUUCGAGGGCACCAUCGUCAUGUACAAGAUCAUCUACAUGAUGAUGUUCCUCUCCUGCAUGGUGCUCUACCAGGUGCACUAUGAGUGGUGGCGAAGAAUCCUUAAAUACUUCUGGAUGUCUGUGGUGAUGUACACCAUGCUGGUCCUCAUCGCUGUUUACACCUUCCAGUUCAGAUCCGACUCGGCGGAGAACACGGACAGUUUCAAGGACCUGGGCCUGGAGAAAUUUUCUGUGGCCGAGCUAUUCACCAGGAUUUUCAUCCCCACCUCCUUCCUGCUGGUGUGCAUCCUGCACUUGCACUACUUUCACGAACGCUUCCUGCAGCUCACAGACCUCCAGGCGGUGGUGGCCAAAGAGGAGAGCACCAUCUACAGACUGGUUCACCCGGAAGGCAGCCUGGCUGACCUCACCAUGCUCAGUGCCAGCUCCGCAGACGCCUCGCUGUCCCGGGGCAAGGAGGAAGAGCAGGAUGCGCAGGGCGAGCAGACACUGGUGACGGUGACGGACGAUUCGGCCUCUUCGGCUGGCGAGACCAAGCCCGGCAGCCUCUCAGACGCCAGGCAGUCCAGCACGGACGACAGCCAGCGCUUCAGCAUGGGCACCGACCCGGAACCCAGCACCGAGCAGAGCUCCGACCUGAAGAGCAAAUGGCACCUAGUGGUGGACCGGCUCACCGUGCUCUUCCUCAAGUUCCUCGAGUACUUCCAUAAAUUGCAGCUAUUCAUCUGGUGGCUGCUGGAGAUCCACAUCAUCAAGAUUGUCUCCUGCUACAUCGUACUGGUUUCCAUCCGAGAGGUGUCGUUGCUCAACUACGUGUUCCUAUCGUCUUGGGCCUUUGCGCUGCCCUACAGCCAAUAUCGUCCCUUGGCAUCCAAGGUCUGCAGUGUCUGGACAUGCGUGAUCAUCGUGUGCAAAAUGUUGUACCAGCUCACGUCCAUCAAGCCGCUCACCUACUCUAAAAACUGCACUAUGCCAGCAGCUUACACCACCGAGCAGGUGGCGGAGAUGCGAGGCUCUCUGCUCUAUAGUGGUCUGGUGGAUCCUGCCAAGUGGGUGGGCCUGCAAAAGACUGAUGACUUGCUGGGCUACAUCAGGCACAACCUCCUGAUUCUGGCUCUCCUGGCGUUCGAGGUGACCAUCUACCGCCACCAGCUAUAUUUCCGUCUGAGGAACAAGCUGUCGCCUCCCGCCGCCCGCAUCAUCUUCCAUGACGUGACACGCCAACACCUGGACGUUGGCAUCAUCUGCUUCAUCAAAUAUUUCAUCAACUACUUCUUUUACAAAUUCGGACUCGAGACUUGCCUGCUGCUGGGCGUGAAUGUGAUCGGCCAGCGUAUGGACUUCUACGCCAUGCUGCAUGCCUUCGCCCUCAUCACCGUCAUGUACCGGCGCCGCAGGAAGGCCAUUGCAGAGAUCUGGCCCAAGUACUGCUGCUUCCUGGCCUGCAUGCUCACCUUCCAGUACUUUGUCUGCAUCGGGAUCCCACCUGCGGCCUGUAAAGACUAUCCUUGGAGAUUCCCAAGCUCCACGACAGACUCCAACGUGGUCAAGUGGCUCUAUGUUCCUGAUUUUCUCUCCAGGCCUAACCCGUCCUUCCUCAUCUACGACUUCAUGUUGCUGCUGUGCGCCUCCAUGCAGAGGCAAGUGUUUGACGAUGAGAACAAGGCGGCCGUGCGCAUCAUGGCCGGAGACAACGUGGAGAUCUGCAGGGACCUGGAUGCGUCCUCAUUUAGCGUACACAACCCCGUCCCUGACUUCAUCCACUGCAGGUCGUACUUGGACAUGCUGAAGGUGAUCAUGUUCAGCUAUCUGUUCUGGUUCGUGCUGACAAUCAUCUUCAUCACGGGAACCACACGCAUCAGCGUGUUCUGCAUGGGUUACCUGGUGGCGUGUUUCUACUUCCUGCUCUUCGGCGGCGAGCUCCUGCUCAAGCCCAUUAAAAAGAUUCUCCACUACUGGGACUUCCUCAUUGCCUACAAUAUCUUUGUCAUCACCAUGAAGAACAUUUUGUCUAUUCGUGCUUGUGGCUACAUCAACUCUCUGAUCCCCAACAAGUGCUGGCUCAUCCAGCUCUUCAGCCUGGCGUGCACCAUCAAGGAUUACAAUAUCAACACAAACCAGGAGCAUCUCAAGGUGGAUCAGCGGUGCGAGCUGCCCAACGACGAGGCGGGCAUCAUCUGGGACAGCAUCUGCUUUGCCUUCCUGCUGCUGCAGCGGCGUGUCUUCAUGAGCUACUACUUCCUGCACGUGGUGGCCGACAUCAGGGCCUCACAGAUUCUCGCCUCCAGGGGGGCGGAGCUUUUCCAGGCCACUAUCGUGAAAGCAGUGCGGGCACGUUUGGAGGACGAGCGUAAAUCUGUGGAGCAGCUGAAACGACAGAUGGAGCGCAUUAAGGUGCGGCAGCAGAAGUUCAAGCGUGGCAAGGAGAGGAUGCUGAGCAUGGUGCAGGAAUCUGUGGACGGACGGAUGCUUGCCCCGCCCCCUCCCGUUGAGGAGGACGAGGGAGCGCAGCGAACCAAAGCCAAGACCAAAAAAAAGCACUGGUGGAGGCCGUGGGUUGACCAUGCUUCCAUGGUUAGAAGCGGCGAGUAUUACCUGUUUGAAACCGACAGCGAGGAAGAAGAGGAGGAGGACGAUUUGAAAGAUGAGGAGCUGCCAAGGAGGUCCCCCUUCCAGUUCCUCUACCACACGUGGAUCAAAGAUCCCAAAGCAGCCCUGAAGGCAAGAGCCAAGGAAAAACGCAAAUUCUGGAAGAAAUACACUAAGGGAGGCAGACGCAAGAAGAGCAAAAAGCAGGAAGCUCACGUUGGCAUCGAGAUGGAUGAUCUGUCCGACAGCCAAGAACAAGACGAUAACUCUGGUCCAGACAACAUCUUCAAGCGUGUGUUCAACCUCAUUAAGUUCACCUGGGUGCUGCUGCAGACCACCAUAGACAGCUUCACCCGCUGGAUGAACGAAGUGUGCCGAGAGUACAUCGACAUCUCCACUGUGCUGCGCAUCGAGCGCUGCAUGCUUACCAGGGAGGUCAAGAAGGGCAACGUGCCAUCCAGGGAGAGCAUUCACGUAUACUACCAGAAGGCCAUGCGGCUCAACAUGUCGCGGCAGGCCAGCAUGGACCUGCUCAUUGAUGAUGAGUCGGCGGGGUGCUCGACGAGGGCCCGGCGUCGGCAGAGAGGCUCCCAAAUGGAGAGCCAGACCUCCACGGGCUCCAGGGACAGCAUAUCAAGCGCCUACACCGAGGCCACAACGCUAUUUUCCCGUCAGUCCACGCUGGAGGACCUCGAUGGGAUGCCCGAGUGCAUCCCCAAAACCAGCGAGCGGGCGCGGCCCAAACUGCGCAAGAUGUACGGCCUGGAUGUGUCCACCUCGUCCAUGGACAGCGGUAGCAGCUUCGUGUCCAGACAGGGCACCACGGAAACCAUAGAAGAAGAAGUGGAGGAUGAGAGGGAUCACCGGCAGGAAGCGCGACGUCUUCCUCUGAAGUCCCAGGAUCUGGAGGGGCCCGAGGCCGAGGCCGGAGCCUGCGGCGGAUCCGAGGCAGAUCCUCCGGAAGCAGCAGAAGACGAGGAGGAAGAUCAAGAGGGACAUGAAGUACACCGUGAGGAAGGGAGUGUGCUCUGCGAUGACGGACAGGAAGUAGAACCUGAGGAGAGGAGUGUCAUCUGGGAUUCUUUAAUCCAAGAUGAAGAGCCCUCUAACCAGCUUCAGGAGGACACCAUCAGUGAGAGCGAGGAUGGUGGAGGAGGAUGUCAGCAGGACUCUCCGCAUGCCGGGGAUCUCUUGUGCACCAACGACACGGACGCCUCAAAGACGUCGGAUGCAGAAGUGCCGCCCAGCUACAGCAAAGCGGUCAGCUUUGACCGGCUAGAAAUGAGUGAUGACGACAGCGACGUGGACAGGAGACGUCGGCGCAUAUUCACGACCUCAGAUAGCCGCUCGGAUAGCAGGUCCGACAUCAUGCUGCCUUCCAUGACCACGGAGUUGACCGCCAGCGAGCUGCUGCUCAACAAGAUGUUCUAUGACGAGGAGCUGGACCAGUCAGAGAAGUUCUACCAGAGCCAGCCACUGAUUCUGCAGCUGUGCUAUGCCUUGUACAACAUGUUAGUGGCGCACUCUGAGAUGGUUUGCUUCCUAGUCAUAAUCAUCAACCACAUGGUGUCGGCGAAUUUUGCCACGCUGGUGCUUCCCGUCACCAUCUUCUUGUGGGCCAUGCUGUCCGUACCACGGCCCAGCAAGCGCUACUGGAUGACCGCCAUCGUCUACACCGAGGUCACCAUCGUCAUCAAAUACUUCUUCCAGUUUGGCUUCUUUCCCUUCAACCAGAACAAGUUACAGAAGGACAACCCGUACCACCCGCCCAAUAUCAUCGGUGUGGAAAAAAAGGAUGGCUAUGUCCACUACGACCUGGUCCAACUCCUGGCGCUCUUCUUCCACAGGUCCAUACUCAAGUGCCACGGCCUGUGGGACGAGGACAACCCAAAUGAGAAGAGAGAGGCAUCCCGUCAGAGCGAGUCGGAGGAUGAGGGGAGCCGUAGGGACGAGAGCGAGAGGGAAUCAGAACCCACCUCCGUUGCCACCACCAAUAUGUCCUCGGCGGCACGGCGGCGGCGGGACUCCACGAACACCUUACGCUCCAUCAACUUCGGGACCUCGAUCGACUCAGGCCACGUGCAGCUGCACCACCCACAGGAGCCCACCUACCAGCGGCGCACAAGCUCGAGUGGGGGUUCACACAUCUCACACAGAUCUGUGCACUCAUCUGCCCGAGCCAAGCGGGGAAGUGUCACCUCCCACAGCAGCAGCCACAAGGAUGGCAGCGAAGCCAGCGUGCAUCAGAAGAGCAGGAUGCAGAUGAUCCUGGAGAAGUUGAAGGAGCAGCUCGUCAAGGCCAGAGCCUACACCGUCAAGAAAAUCAUGGAGAUCUACGUGCCCAUGCGUCAGUUCUUCUAUGACCUCAUCCAUCCCGAGUACAGCGCCGUGACCGACGUCUACGUGCUCAUGUUCCUCGCCGAUACCGUUGACUUCAUCAUCAUAGUCUUUGGCUUCUGGGCUUUUGGCAAACAUUCGGCGGCAGACAUUACUUCGUCACUGUCAGAGGAUCAAGUCCCCGGACCUUUCUUGGUGAUGGUCCUCAUUCAGUUUGGGACCAUGGUGGUGGACCGGGCCCUCUACCUACGCAAGUCUGUCAUGGGCAAGGUCAUCUUUCAGGUCUUCCUGGUCUUCGGCAUCCACUUCUGGAUGUUCUUCAUCCUGCCGGGAGUCACCGAGAAGCGUUUCAACAAGAACAACGUGGCUCAGAUGUGGUAUUUUGUGAAGUGCAUCUACUUUGGGUUGUCAGCCUAUCAGAUCCGGUGCGGUUAUCCCACCCGCGUGUUAGGGAACUUCCUCACCAAGAGCUACAAUUAUGUCAACCUCUUCCUCUUUCAAGGGUUCCGUAUGGUUCCAUUCCUGACAGAGCUGCGUGCCGUGAUGGACUGGGUGUGGACUGACACAUCGCUCUCUCUAUCCAGCUGGAUUUGUGUGGAGGACAUCUACGCUCACAUCUUCAUCCUCAAAUGCUGGCGAGAGUCGGAAAAGAGGUACCCUCAGCCACGAGGCCAGAAGAAGAAAAAGGUGGUGAAGUACGGCAUGGGUGGGAUGAUCGUGAUGCUGCUCAUCUGCAUCGUGUGGUUCCCGCUGCUCUUUAUGUCACUCGUCAAGUCCGUGGCCGGCGUGGUCAACCCGCCACUGGACGUUUCCUUCGAGAUCACGCUGGCCGGCUUCCAGCCCAUCUUCACCAUGAGUGCUCAGCAGAAACAACUGCAGGAAGUCUCAGAAAAAGACUUUACCAAUUUCGUCAAACUGUACAAUGAUGACGAGGAGGCGCUGGAGUGGCUGGGGGGCUACAUGCCAGGCGACCUGGUGAUCGCGGAGCUGAAGGGCAGUUCCAACUCUCUGUGGACCAUCAGCCCCCCGAGUAGGGAUACCCUCAUCGACAUGUUGGCCCUGGACGAGGACUUUCCCAUCACUGUGUCCUGGUCGGUGCAGCGCAACUUGAGCUUGGGCGCCAAGGCCGAGACGGCGUCCGGCAAACGGGUCACCAAUCUGCCCAACGACACCAAGAAGGCGCUCGUGUUGCUGCUCAACGGAAGCAGCAGCCAAUCGCACGUGACGCUGAGGAACAUCUUCCCACGCUACAUCAGAGCACCCAGCGACUCGGAUGCCAAACCUGUCGAGCAGCUUUAUAAAGACGAGAAGAUGUUGAACAUCAGUGUGAGCCUGCGGCAAGUGGGGAAAAACAAAAGUCAGGUUAAGGAGUGGUGGAUCGUCAACCAGACGGAGCGCGGCCCCAUCGAAAAGAGUCAGAACCAUGAUGACUGUCUGGAGCUUUACGUCUUCAGUGACCAAGUCAGCCCACCCAGCCUGGGCUUCCUGGCCGGUUACGGGAUCAUGGGCCUGUACGCGUCGGUGGUGCUUGUCAUCGGCAAGUUUGUGCGCGAGUUCUUCAGCGGCAUCUCGCACACCAUCAUGUUCGAGGAGUUGCCCAACGUGGACCGCAUCCUUAAGCUGUGCACCGACAUUUUCCUGGUGCGGGAGACGGGCGAGCUGGACCUGGAGGAGGACAUGUACGCCAAGCUCAUCUUCCUUUACCGCUCCCCCGAGACAAUGAUCAAGUGGACCCGGGAAAAGACGCAGUGAGCGUGUCUAUUUUUUUUUUCUACCUGCCUGCCUUUUCCUGACUUUUCAAGCACAAAUUUUGCUGGUGCUGCUGUUUAGCGGACGAGAUGACUACUUUUUGUGACAUUGUACCCUGU